AUGGCAUCGAUCGAAGACGACGACGAGAUCCCACAGCUUUCAGGCGAUGCUCUUGCCGCCCUAAAGGAAUUUUAUGGCGAGCGGGACGCACGACAAAAACAGUUCGAAGAACUGAAAGGCCAAGCCGAAGAUGACUUCGAGGGGAAACUAUCCAUGGAUGCGUUUACCGAAGACUGGAAUGCAAGUCAGUUCUGGUACAGCGACGAAACUGCCAUGGUGCUCGCGCGGCAACUUCUGGAGGGUGCGACAGACGAGACAAGGAUAGCGGUUGUGUCUGCUCCGAGUGCUUUCAUCCAACUAAAGAAUCUACUGAACUCAGGUGAAGUCAAGUGUCGUCCACAGAUCAAGUUGUUGGAAUUCGACGAACGCUUCGCCGUCUUCAAGGAGUUUGUGCGCUACGACUUCGAGAAGGCUAUCCAACUGCCGGCUGAGAUGAAGGCUUCAUUUGACGUAAUCAUUUGCGAUCCACCAUUUCUAAGCCAAGACUCUGCGUUGACUGUACGAUGGCUCGCCAAGUCCUGGUCGCAAGACUCUCUCCGUCUGAUUGUGUGCACUGGAGAGCGUAUGGAGAGCUUGAUCACAGACAAACUAUAUGGGAAAGUAGGAACUAAGACGACGAACUACGAGAUCAAGCACGCGAAAGGUUUGAGCAACGAGUUCAGAUGCUAUGCAAAUUUUGAGUGCGCAUCGUGGAAGUGGGCACAGUCAUGA